UCAGUGAUGUCCUGUGCCACCCAGCUGUGCUUCUUCCUUAUAUUUGGAACUACUGAAAGCUUGCUGCUGGCUAUAAUGGCCUAUGACCGCUAUGUUGCCAUUUGCAACCCUCUGCACUACAUCUUGAUCAUAAACCCAACAAAGUGUACCCAUCUGGCAGUGUUUUCCUGGCUCAGUGGCAUCCCAGUACAGAUAGGAGUAACGUGUCAGAUAUUCUCUCUGCAUUUCUGCAGUUCUAAUAAAAUAGACCAUUUCUUCUGUGAUGUAACACCCAUCCUCAAGCUGGCAUGUGGGGACACUUCAGUUCAGGAGCUGUGUGUCUAUGUGGUUGUUACAGUGGUGGCAGAACUCCCCUUUAUACUGGUCCUUGCAUCCUACAGUAAAAUCAUGGUCACUCUCCUAAGGCUACCAACAGCCAAAGGGAGAGCAAAAGCCUUCUCCACAUGUUCCUCUCAUUUGAUGGUGGUGAUUUUGUUUUAUGGGUCAGGUACAGUUACCUACAUGAGGCCAAAGUCCAUGCAUUCUCCAGGAACUGACAAACUGCUCU